CUCAAGUAACCAGACUCACAAGCAACACCAAGCUCGAUCUCCGGGUUUGGUCUCAAGGAGUCUUUGUUAUAAGACUCCUUUCACUCCAUCAAGAAAAUGGACAAGGUUAUGAGACUAUCGUCAGAGAAAGGAGUGGUUAUAUUCAGCAAGAGCUCGUGUUGUUUGUCCUACGCGGUUCAAGUCCUCUUCCAGGAUCUCGGGGUUAGCCCUAAGAUCCACGAGAUCGACAAGGACCCUGAAUGCCGGGAGAUGGAGAAGGCAUUAAUGAGGUUAGGCUGUUCAAAGCCGGUUCCAGCCGUCUUCAUCGGUGGCAAGCUCGUUGGUUCGACCAACGAAGUAAUGUCCAUGCACCUAAGCAGCUCGUUGGUUCCCCUAGUCAAGCCAUAUAUAUGUUAAAGAAGGGUUAUUUCAAAAAAAAAAAAAGCAAUGGUAAAGUAGCUGCUAUCGAAAUGAACUUUCAAUAAAGGAAAACAAAGUUGAGUCAAAUCUUUGUAAUGCGUUAUAGUAUUGUAUCGCUUGUGUAAAAUGUUGUGAUGUCUUAUUCAUGGAUUUAUAGCUUUCUCCACGUCUAAGUUCAAGUUGCUUUAAACUUUACUGUCAUCAGCAUUGU